AUCAACAAUUGUAAACAAACGCCUGCGCCGCAGAGCAGCCCACAGACGGCUGCAGUGAGCGGCUUCGUCAUGUUGCCAAGGUGCGCAACAAUGGGGCUUGCCACGUCAAGUGGCAAAAGGAAUUUCGACUGGCAAAUCAGAAACUCGCAGAAGCUCGUGGCAGACGGUUGUUACCACAUUUUGCACUCGCAGUCAAAACACACUUGGCCAACAAAGACGGCCAACGGCAACGGCGACGGCAACGGCGACGGCGCUAAAGUGAGACGCACACGCAACCAGAAAAGGAGCCAUAAAAAUAAGGCUAAACAUAUAAAAUUGUGUAGUAAAAGUGAAGAAAGCGAAGAAAGCAGCCGAAAAAGAAACCCAAAGCAAUAAUAAUAGUAAAGCGGAUGUGUUGUUGUUGUUGUUGUUGCUGUAAGGAAACAUACGAAAAGUGGGCGCCGUGCAAAAGCAACCAGAGCCGUGUCUGAGUGUCUGUGUGUGUGUGUGUGUGUGUGUGUGUGCUUGUGUGUUGCCAAUGAAAAUGCAAAUUGUUGGCAACAAAUAUUGGUAAAACAACAAAUAAUACAAUUGUGCAAUGCCAGCGCAGGCCACAAGCUAUGCAACGUACACGCUAGAGCGAGACAGCGAACAGCAUAAACAAUUCCUGCAGUAAGCAACAAUAAGCUGCAGUCUCGCCUCCUUUGUGCCUGGUUGUGUAAUGGCCAGUGGUCGAGAGGCAGAGCUUUAAGCGUUUAAGCGUUGAGCGUUGAGCGUCUGAGCCAAGCCAAGUGGAAUGUCGCAGCCUCGAGGCGGACGGGGCGCGCGUGGCGGCGGCGGCGCUGGUGGCGCCGGCGUUGGCCGCAAGACGCCCUCCUCGUUGACGGGGCCGCCCGACGAUUCGGCCAAUACCAGCGAACGUGCAACGCCCGCCAGCAAGGCCGACUCGGAUCCCAAGGAUGACAGCUCCAGCAAUGGCGACAAAAAGGAUUUGGAUAUGUUCCCGGCGCCCAAGCCGCCCAGUGCGGGUGCCUCGAUACGGGACACGGCCAACAAGGUGCUGGCGCUGGCCAUGAAGAGCGAGUGGACGCCCAUCGAAGCGGAGCUCAAGAAACUGGAGAAAUAUGUGGCCAAUGCGGGCGAAGAUGGCAAUCACAUACCGCUGGCCGGAGUGCACGAUAUGAAUACCGGCAUGACUCCAUUGAUGUAUGCCACAAAGGAUAACAGGACGGCGAUAAUGGAUCGCAUGAUUGAACUGGGCGCCGAUGUGGGAGCACGGAAUAACGAUAAUUACAACGUGCUCCACAUUGCGGCGAUGUAUUCGCGUGAGGAUGUCGUCAAGCUGUUGCUGAACAAACGAGGCGUAGAUCCCUUCUCCACAGGGGGCUCGCGUUCACAAACUGCGGUGCAUUUGGUGUCCAGUCGUCAAACGGGCACGGCCACAAAUAUCCUCCGAGCUCUUCUAGCAGCCGCUGGCAAGGAUAUACGCGUUAAAGCCGACGGCCGUGGCAAAAUCCCAUUGCUGCUGGCUGUGGAGUCGGGCAACCAGUCCAUGUGCAGAGAGCUUCUGGCCGCACAAACGGCAGAGCAACUAAAGGCAACGACGGCCAAUGGAGACACGGCCUUGCAUUUGGCCGCCAGACGGCGGGACGUCGACAUGGUCCGCAUUCUGGUGGAUUACGGCACCAAUGUGGACACCCAGAACGGGGAGGGGCAGACGCCGCUGCACAUUGCCGCCGCGGAGGGGGACGAGGCGUUACUCAAGUACUUUUACGGGGUGCGUGCAUCCGCCUCCAUUGCGGACAAUCAAGACCGCACACCCAUGCAUUUGGCCGCCGAGAAUGGACACGCACACGUCAUUGAGAUCCUGGCGGACAAAUUCAAGGCGAGCAUCUUCGAGCGCACCAAGGAUGGCAGCACACUGAUGCACAUCGCAUCACUCAAUGGCCAUGCUGAGUGCGCCACGAUGCUCUUCAAGAAGGGCGUCUAUCUGCACAUGCCCAACAAGGAUGGCGCCCGCAGCAUACACACGGCCGCUGCCUACGGUCACACUGGCAUCAUCAAUACCCUCCUGCAGAAAGGCGAGAAAGUAGAUGUUACAACCAACGACAACUAUACGGCACUGCAUAUAGCCGUGGAGUCCGCCAAGCCAGCUGUUGUGGAAACCCUGCUCGGCUUUGGCGCCGAUGUGCAUGUGCGUGGGGGUAAGCUGCGGGAGACCCCGCUGCAUAUUGCUGCGCGAGUCAAGGACGGCGAUCGUUGCGCUCUGAUGCUGCUUAAGUCCGGAGCGAGUCCGAAUCUAACGACCGAUGACUGCUUGACGCCGGUCCAUGUGGCCGCGCGCCAUGGAAAUCUGGCGACAAUGAUGCAGCUGCUGGAAGAUGGAGGCGAUCCGCUAUACAAAUCGAAUACUGGGGAAACACCUUUGCAUAUGGCAUGUCGGUCGUGUCAUCCGGAAAUCGUGCGUCACCUCAUUGAGACAGUGAAGGAGAAACACGGCCCGGACAAGGCCACCACGUACAUCAAUUCUGUGAACGAUGAUGGCGCCACGGCGCUCCAUUAUACUUGCCAAAUUACCAAGGAGGAGGUGAAAAUACCCGAAUCCGAUAAGCAAAUCGUGCGCAUGCUGCUCGAGAACGGGGCCGAUGUGACGCUGCAGACGAAGACCGCGCUGGAGACGGCCUUUCACUAUUGCGCCGUCGCGGGCAACAAUGAUGUGCUGAUGGAGAUGAUCUCGCACAUGAAUCCCACGGACAUACAGAAGGCCAUGAAUCGGCAGUCGUCGAUCGGCUGGACGCCGCUCCUGAUUGCCUGCCAUCGGGGGCACAUGGAGCUGGUCAAUAACCUUUUAGCGAAUCAUGCGAGGGUCGAUGUCUUCGACACGGAGGGUCGAUCGGCGCUCCAUCUGGCCGCGGAACGGGGCUAUCUGCACGUGUGCGAUGCGCUGCUAACGAACAAGGCCUUCAUCAACUCCAAGUCGCGCGUGGGACGCACCGCCCUGCAUUUGGCGGCGAUGAACGGAUUUACGCAUCUGGUGAAGUUCCUCAUCAAGGAUCACAAUGCGGUGAUUGACAUAUUGACGCUGCGCAAACAGACGCCGCUGCACUUGGCGGCGGCCAGCGGACAAAUGGAGGUGUGCCAGCUGCUGCUGGAGCUGGGCGCCAACAUCGAUGCGACUGAUGAUCUGGGCCAGAAGCCCAUUCAUGUCGCCGCCCAGAACAACUACUCUGAAGUGGCCAAACUGUUCCUGCAGCAGCAUCCCUCUCUGGUGAAUGCCACCAGCAAGGAUGGCAACACUUGUGCCCACAUUGCUGCCAUGCAGGGCUCCGUCAAGGUGAUCGAGGAGCUCAUGAAGUUCGAUCGGUCCGGCGUGAUAUCAGCUAGAAAUAAAUUGACCGAUGCCACGCCUCUACAACUGGCCGCCGAGGGCGGACACGCGGAUGUGGUGAAAGCUUUGGUGCGCGCCGGCGCCUCCUGCACCGAGGAAAACAAGGCCGGCUUCACGGCCGUCCACUUGGCCGCCCAGAACGGGCAUGGCCAAGUCCUGGACGUGCUGAAGAGCACCAACUCGCUGCGCAUCAACAGCAAAAAACUGGGCCUAACGCCCCUGCACGUCGCCGCCUACUACGGCCAGGCGGACACUGUCCGAGAGCUGCUGACCAGCGUGCCGGCUACGGUCAAGUCGGAGACACCCACGGGCCAGAGCCUCUUCGGGGAACUGGGCACAGAGUCGGGCAUGACGCCACUGCACCUGGCUGCCUUUUCGGGCAAUGAGAAUGUGGUGCGAUUGCUGCUGAACUCGGCGGGCGUACAAGUGGAUGCCGCUACCGUGGAGAACGGCUACAAUCCGCUCCAUUUGGCUUGCUUCGGUGGACACAUGUCAGUGGUUGGUUUGCUUCUGAGUCGGUCGGCGGAGCUCCUGCAAUCCACGGAUCGCAAUGGACGCACUGGUCUGCAUAUCGCUGCCAUGCACGGCCAUUUCCAGAUGGUGGAGAUCCUGCUCGGCCAGGGCGCUGAGAUAAAUGCAACCGAUCGCAACGGUUGGACGCCACUGCAUUGUGCUGCCAAAGCCGGCCACUUGGAUGUGGUGAAGCUGCUGUGCGAGGCGGGCGCCUCGCCCAAGUCCGAGACGAACUAUGGCUGUGCGGCUAUUUGGUUUGCCGCAUCCGAGGGUCACAACGAGGUGUUGCGCUAUCUGAUGAACAAGGAACACGACACCUACGGUCUGAUGGAGGACAAACGGUUUGUCUACAAUCUGAUGGUCGUGUCCAAGAACAACAACAACAAGCCAAUACAAGAGUUUGUGCUGGUCUCACCAGCGCCCGUGGAUACGGCAGCCAAACUAUCCAACAUUUACAUAACACUCUCGACUAAGGAGAAGGAGCGCGCCAAGGAUCUGGUGGCAGCUGGCAAACAGUGCGAGGCUAUGGCCACGGAACUCCUAGCUUUGGCAGCCGGCUCGGAUUCCGCGGGGAAGAUCCUGCAGGCCACGGACAAGCGGAACAUUGAGUUUCUCGACGUGCUGAUCGAGAACGAGCAAAAGGAAGUCAUUGCUCAUACGGUGGUCCAGCGAUAUUUGCAAGAACUGUGGCACGGCUCAUUGACAUGGGCGUCGUGGAAGAUAAUGUUGCUGCUGGUUGCGUUUAUCGUUUGCCCGCCUGUAUGGAUUGGCUUCACAUUCCCGAUGGGGCACAAGUUCAACAAGGUGCCGAUCAUCAAGUUCAUGUCCUACCUCACCUCGCACAUAUACCUCAUGACACACCUGAGCAUUGUGGGCAUAACGCCCAUCUAUCCGGUGCUGCGUCUGAGUCUGGUCCCCUACUGGUACGAAAUAGGCUUGCUCAUUUGGUUGAGCGGUUUACUUUUGUUCGAGUUGACGAAUCCCUCGGACAAAUCGGGAUUGGGAUCAAUCAAGGUGCUCGUCCUGCUGCUGGGCAUGGCCGGCGUGGGCGUACACGUUGUCGCCUUCCUGUUCGUCUCCAAGGAGUAUUGGCCGACAUUGGUCUAUUGCCGCAAUCAAUGCUUCGCCUUGGCCUUUCUCUUGGCCUGCGUACAGAUCCUGGACUUUCUAUCCUUCCAUCAUUUAUUCGGGCCGUGGGCCAUUAUUAUUGGCGAUCUGCUUAAGGAUCUAGCGAGAUUUCUCGCCGUGCUCGCUAUCUUUGUGUUUGGCUUUUCCAUGCAUAUCGUGGCGCUGAAUCAAUCAUUUGCCAAUUUUACGCCCGAGGAUCUGCGCAGUUUCGAGAAGAAGAAUCGAAAUCGGGGCUACUUCAGUGACGAUGAUAUGCCCACUCCACGCCCUCCGCCCGUGGAGAGUUAUGUCGAUAGUCGCUUCAGCGAAUUCCGACGCAAACACAAAGAUGAUCUGCGCAUGCAUCCGAUUAACUCGUUCGAGUUACUGUUCUUCGCCGUGUUUGGCCAGACGACGACGGAGCAAACGCAAGUUGAUAAAAUCAAAAAUUUAGCCACGCCCACUCAACCGUAUUGGGUUGAGUAUCUGUUCAAAAUUGUCUUUGGCAUAUACAUGUUGGUAUCGGUGGUUGUACUCAUUAACCUGCUGAUUGCUAUGAUGUCAGACACCUAUCAAAGAAUUCAGGCACAAUCCGACAUCGAAUGGAAAUUUGGCCUAUCCAAGCUUAUACGCAAUAUGCAUCGCACCACAACAGCGCCAUCGCCGCUUAAUUUAGUUACCACCUGGUUUAUAUGGAUCGUCGAGAAGGUCAAGGCACGCAUGAAGAAAAAGAAGCGUCCAAGUCUGGUACAGAUGAUGGGCAUACGGCAGGCCAGUCCACGAACCAAAGCCGGCGCCAAGUGGCUAUCGAAGAUCAAGAAAGACUCCGUGGCCUUGUCCCAGGUGCAUUUGUCCCCCUUGGGCUCACAGGCCAGCUUCUCGGCUGCCAAUCAGAAUCGCAUCGAGAAUGUCGCCGAUUGGGAGGCGAUUGCGAAAAAGUAUCGCGCGCUCGUUGGCGACGAGGAGGGCGGCUCUCUGAAGGACUCGGACGCAGAGAGCGGUUCGCAGGAAGGCGGUGGCGGCGGCGGCGGUGCGCCCCAAGCGCCGGCACAGGUGGGCAAGGGCAAGGGCAAGGCAGUUGCCAAAAAGUAGAACUACAUUUUGAAUGCUUGGCUUAUAAGUUUAGGCUCUUACACAUUGGCUUACUAAACGGUUUUCGAUUACAGGUCUAAGCAUCAUCCCACUCAGCUACUACUACUUCUACUACUACUACUACUACUACUACUACUACUACUACUACUUUCUACUCUAUCCAAAACUUCUCUUCCUUACUUCCCUUCUUCAAUUCUUCAACUCUCCCAUCUCGACUGUCUUCUCGCCUCUUUCUAAUCUAAGUGACUCUUAGGCUAAGCUGCACCAAAAAAAAAAAAAAAAAAAAAAAAACCCAAAAUCCAAAAAUUUCGAAAUUAAGCUUCACGUAUACAAAAUGAAUUUAGCUAGAAUAUUGAAAUUGUUUUUGGUAAUUUGUAAGCCUUUUUCAUUUAUAUUUAGUUAAAGAACAAAUAAUUUUUUUAUAAAAUAACAUUCCAAACAAACGAACAACAAAAACAAGUUUUCCAUAAUUUGAGCUAAGUAAGUUUUUUAGAUCCGUUUUGGAUUUGCGUCGAAGUCAUCCAAAUUUGCCUAACUUCAUAUUUUAUACUUAAGCUAAAACUCCUUAAAAAAGAAGAAGAAGAAAAAGAAGAACCUGAUUAUAUAUCUAGCAUUAUUUAUAUUCGUAAUUGGUAGUCUGUAAGUUUUUAACUUUAGCUUCACUUGACAUUUUUAUCAUUAGGCUUUUCAUAAAAUG